AUGCUGCAGAGCACGGUGGGCGGUGCAUCUGGUGCUGCAGAUCAUCCCGUGGAUGUGGAGAGCGCGGAGCACGUGGACCGACGAAAGCUGAUCGUCACGUAUUUGCCCAGCGCCGUCCGCGAGGCUUUCCUGCGCAAUAUCUUCGGCACGCGGCGAAUUCUGGGCGAGCACGGCACGCUGGAGGAGUGCCGCGUCGCGAUGCGCACCGACCUGACAGGUCGGGAAGUGAGCCGCGGCUUUGCCUUCCUUUCGUAUAGCCACGAGGAGGCGGCCGCCCGCGCGAUCGAGCACCUUAACGGAUUCAGUCUUAUUGAGACGGCCGCCCCGUGGGAGAUGGACGCCGACGGGAAUCCCACGCGCAAAACCAAGCACAUCAAGGUGGCGUAUUGCCGCCCUCCCACAGAGGCGCACCCUCACAGCAACUUGUUUGUCACCGGCAUCCCGUGUGCGUGGCGGCUGGCGGAUCUGCAGCGCCACUUCAGCCAGUGGGGCGGCACCAUCACGGCCAGCAAGAUCGCGCCGCGCAACUGUACCUGCUACGGGUACGAGCGGCCGUGCGCACUGAGCAACUGGGGCUUCGUCCGUUUUGCUCGCCGGGAAGAGGCCAUGACGGCCCGCGACGAGUGUCAGAAGUUGAACGGAGGUUCGUCCACCGCACCGCUGCUGCUCGUCACGCUCCUGGACGAUGCCGAUACGCGCUUUCCUCAGGGAUCUUAA